AUGGGUUACAGUCAAGCUCUCGCCCGGCGGGGAAGUGGCGUAUGGUCAAGCCAGCCUGUGCUGCACCGCCGAGGGGAAAGGCAGGUGGGCAGUGGGUGCGGGGAGAGGGAUGUUGCAGCCACACUGUCCCAUUUCUUUCAGCAAUUCUCGGCGCUGACCGAAGUGCUCUUCCGCUUCUUGACGGAGCCCAAGGAGGUGGAAAGGUUUCUGACUCAGCUCUCGGAAUUUGCUGCCAUGAACAAAAUCAGCCUGGGGCCUCUGAAAAAUAUUGUCAAAAGUCUCCUCUUGGUGCCGAACGGUGCCCUGAAGAGGAACCUGUCAUCUGAACAAGUCAGGGCGGACUUCAUUGCUCUGGGGCUCAGCGAAGAGAAAGCCAGUUACUUUGCAGAGCAGUGGAAGCUGAAUUCCCCCACCCUGACAAGCCUGGCUGUUGGGCAAACACUGAUGAUUAACCAGCUUAUAGACAUGGAGUGGAAGUUUGGAGUGACUGCAGGGAGCAGCGAACUGGAAAAGGUGGGAAGUAUCUUCUUGCAGCUGAAACUGGUGGUUAAAAAAGGAAACCAAAUAGAGCCCGUGUAUGUAGAGCUGACGCUGCCCCAGUUCUACAGUUUUCUGCAUGAGAUGGAACGAGUCAAAACCAGUCUGGAGUGUUUUAGUUGAAACCAGAUGGGACCGAACUAAUAGCACGGCCCGGCGCUUUUGCCCUGUGGGCCAGCACAUCCCAUCUCACUGCUGCUCUGUAACCUCUUGCUAGAUGGGGACUGUGCAGUUUUGUAAGCAAAGCUGUCAAGUCCUUCUGCCCUCAGUUGGAACCAGCCUUAAACCUGUUAUAGUUCUGUCCUUCCGAGUCUGAGACCUUUACGGGUACUCGUAGCUGACAGCCAAGCAGACCCGUGCUGCUCUUCUGUCCUAGCCCCUAAGAGAAAGUAUUGUCAGAAGUAAAUGGAAGUCCGCUUAUAUAGUGGUAGUAUGCAAGCUAGGAAGUAAAUAAAAGAGUCUCGUUAAAGUC